AUGAAGUUCUACAACUGCAUGUUGUUGUUGUCCCUGGUACUGUGUGUCAGUGCCCAGAACUGGUUCACUGAUGCUGGAGCAUUCAUAAGGGAUGCUUAUCGAGGCGCUGGGGAUAUGUGGCGUGCAUACAGCGAAAUGCGGGAGGCGAAUUAUAAAAAUGCAGAUAAAUAUUUCCAUGCUCGUGGGAAUUAUGAUGCUGCCCAAAGAGGGCCUGGCGGUAAAUGGGCAGCAGAAGUUAUUAGUGAUGCUAGGGAAGGUUGGCAGGGUGGCAUUAGUGGCAGAGGAGCAGAAGACACACGUCAAGACCAGGAAGCAAAUGCAUGGGGCAGAAGUGGAGGAGACCCAAACCGCUACAGACCAGAGGGCCUUCCCUCAAAAUACUAA